AUGGCAGUGCCAAGGAAGCCACAGCCUAUCUACGCCGACACUAAAACUGGAAACAAACAGCUCCUGGAAAAUUCAGGACUGGUCCCAAAGUACAUCAAGAAAAACGUGAACUUACCACUACAUAUGAAAAGACUGCUUUUGCUUUGUCUGUCAAGCAGGUAGUGAAUUUGUCCAAGAUAUUGACUUGCUAUUCAAAGAAAGACGCUUAUAUGCUUAUUGCACCAAGACUGGACACUCAAUCAAUGUGAACUGAACUGAAGAGGAUCCCAACAUAACUAUUUUCCCAUCCCCUCCCUAGGACUUCGGAAAGACCCCUGAGUACCUGCAGCAGCGCGCUGAGGUGAGGAGGCCUCAGGACAAGUAUGAAAGCUAUGUCAAGGAGUGCAUGAAACAGGGCACCAUGAAACAGCUCUCUGAGGAUGAGUGAAACAACAUCAUACAGGUAAACCACAUAGGUCCUUAGAACCAAGCCAAUAGAAUCUGUCCUAGAAUAGAUCAUAAUGAUACAUUACAUUAAUGUAUGUGUUUUAGCUGAUCAGUCAGUUAGAUAAGGUUCAGUAUUAGAUCAAUGUAUCAAAUGAUGAAUAGGCUUACAAAUUCUGUUAAGCACCAGCAUACAUUCAAAGGGUUUGAGAGAGACAUUUCCCAGAAAGACAUUCCCAUUACACUGACAUACAUGGGCUUAUUGAUAAUGAAUUGUUCUUGAGCAAGAAUGGAAAGCUCAUCUCCCUUGCCUGUGUUUUUGAUGGGUCAUCCUCUUUCCAGGGCAUGAAGAAGAACUGGGGGGAGCUGCACCAUCAGUACCAGGAACUCUCUGUUGUCAUGGACACCACCCCCAAGAAGUACUGCAAGGAGCGUCUGGAGCUGGAGAUGAAGCAGCUGGAGAGGGACAUUGACCUCAUCGAGCGAUACAAGACCAUCUACAUCGCCAACAACAACUAA